GGACGCGCUGUGGGCGCUGCGGGAGGACAGGUUCUGUAUUUUUUAUUUCAACUGUGCCUUCUGUCAUGGCUUGGAUGACUUAUAUUUCCCACUGGUUUGAUGAAGAUGAUUGGUAUGAAGGACAACAACGAGCAAAAAUGUCACAGGUUAAACAAGUGGGACUUUUAGCUGCUGGAUGUCAGCCAUGGAACAAGGAUGUAUGUGCUGCUAGUGGCGACAGAUUUGCCUAUUGUGCCACCCUUGCUAUUUAUAUUUAUCAGCUGGAUCACCAAUACAAUGAAUUCAAGCUCCGGGCAAUUAUGUCUGAGCAUAAGAAGACAAUCACAGCCAUAUCUUGGUGUCCCCACAAUCCUGACAUGUUUGCAAGUGCCAGUGCAGAUAGCUUAGUGAUUAUUUGGAAUGUGACUGAACAGAAAGUUGUGGCCAAGCUGGACAAUACAAAAGGAAUUCCUGCGUCACUUAGCUGGUGCUGGAAUGCAGGUGAUGCGGUUGCAUUUGUGUCUCACAGAGGUCCAUUGUACAUUUGGACUAUCUCAGGACCUGACAGCGGGGUAACUGUACACAGAGAAGCACAUAGUUUCUUGUCAGAUAUCAGUCUGUUUAGAUGGCAUCCAAAGAAAAAAGGAAAAGUAGUAUUUGGACAUACUGAUGGAAGCCUAUCUAUUUUUCAGCCAGGUUCUAAAAAUCAGAAACACGUCUUAAGACCAGAGGCUCUUGAAGGAACAGAUGAAGAGGAUCCAGUUACAGCGCUGGAGUGGGACCCUCUGUCAAUUGACUACCUUCUUGUCGCUAAUUUACAUAAUGGUAUUCGACUAGUUGAUUCUGAAUCUCUGUCCUGUAUCACUACUUUUCAUUUUCCCAGUGCAGCAGCAUCUGUUCAGUGUUUAGCCUGGGUUUCUAGUGCACCUGGAAUGUUUAUAACUGGAGAUUCUCAGGUUGGUGUGUUACGUAUUUGGAAUGUUUCACGUACAACACCUAUAGAUAAUUUUAAAUUGAAGAAAACUGGUUUCCACGGUUUGCAUGUGCUAAAUUCUCCUCCAAAAAAGAAGUCAUGUUCAUCACAGAAUCCUACUAAAAAUCACCAUACAUCCUCAACAAGUGAGGCUGUUCCUCCUCCAACUUUAACCCAAAACCAAGCAUUUUCUCUUCCUCCUGGUCAUGCUGUCUGUUGCUUCAUGGAUGGUGGAGUGGGGCUUUAUGACAUGGGAGCCAGAAAGUGGGAUUUCCUUAGAGAUUUGGGACAUGUUGAGACCAUCUUUGAUUGCAAAUUCAAACCUGAUAACCCUGAUCUUCUUGCUACAGCUUCAUUUGAUGGCACAAUAAAAGUUUGGGACAUAAAUACUUUAACAGCGGUUUACACAUCUCCUGGUAAUGAGGGGGUUAUUUAUUCCCUUUCUUGGGCUCCAGGAGAUCUGAACUGCAUAGCGGGUGCAACAUCCAGAAAUGGUGGCUUCAUCUGGGAUGUCCCAAAAGGCAAAAUGAUAACCAGAUUCAGUGAGCAUGGAAAGAAUGGAAUCUUCUGCAUUGCCUGGAGUCAUAAAGAUUCCAAAAGAAUAGCAACCUGCAGCGGUGAUGGAUUUUGUAUUAUUCGAACCAUUGACGGCAAGGUUCUUCACAAGUACAAACAUCCAGCUGCAGUGUUUGGCUGUGAUUGGAGUCAAAACAACAAAGAUAUGAUAGCUACUGGUUGUGAAGAUAAAAAUGUUCGUGUUUACUACUUGGCAACCAGCUCAGAUCAGCCACUGAAAGUUUUUACAGGACAUACUGCAAAGGUGUUUCAUGUACGGUGGUCUCCCCUGAGAGAAGGAAUCCUCUGCAGUGGCUCUGAUGAUGGUACUGUUCGAAUAUGGGAUUAUACACAGGAUACUUGUAUAAAUGUUCUUAGUGGACAUACAGCUCCAGUACGGGGACUGAUGUGGAAUCCUGAAAUUCCUUACCUUCUAAUAUCCGGCAGUUGGGACUAUACAAUUCGAGUCUGGGACACAAGAGAUGGAACAUGUUUGGACACAGUUUAUGAUCAUGGUGCAGAUGUAUAUGGCUUAACAUGUCAUCCUAGUCGUCCAUUUACUAUGGCAUCUUGCUCUCGUGACUCCACUGUGAGACUGUGGUCAUUGACACCUCUCAUAAACCCUCUACAAAUAAAUAUUUUAGCAGAUAGAUGCUGGGAUGAGAUUAUUGCUAAUACAGAUCGUGCUGUGGAAUCUGGUGCUCCUCCUUUGCUGUGUGGUAAAGUUUCCAGGGAUAUUAAACAAGAAGUGGAAAAACUGACAGGAAAUCCUCGAGGAAAAAAACUAAGGUGGUUUUCAGAAUGUUUUUCACCACCAGGAGGCUGCAAAAAUUUAUGGGAUUUAGUUGCUGUGAUAAAAGGACAGGAUGACAGUUUGCUUCCACAAAACUACUGCAAAGGAAUUAUGCAUAUGAAACAUCUCGUUAGAUAUAGAAUGUCCAAGGCACAAGAACUGACAACAGUAAAAAUGUCCAAGUUUGGAGGUGGUAUUGGUGCACCAAGCAAAGAGGAGAGGCUUAAAGAAGCUGCAGAAAUACAUUUAAGAUUAGGACAAAUUCAGCGAUAUUGUGAACUAAUGGUAGAACUUGGAGAGUGGGACAAAGCGCUCUCAGUUGCACCUGGUGUAUCGAUGAAAUAUUGGAGGAAAUUAACGCAAAGGAGAGCUGAUCAGUUAAUUCAGGAAGAAAACGAUGAUGUCAUCCCAUACUGUAUAGCUAUCGGAGAUGUGAAGAAACUAGUUUCUUUCUUUACUUCAAGAGGCCAGCUUAAAGAGGCGCUGCUUGUCGCACAGGCAGCUUGUGAGGGAAAUAUACAAAUGUCACCACUCUCCACAACAAGUGGAUAUUCAAAUUCUGAUGGAAACAAUACAGAUGAUUAUAACGAACUCCUGCACAAGGUCAGUAAAGAACUGGCAGAAUGGUAUUUCCAGGAUGGCCAUGCAGUGCUUGCAGCAUGUUGCCAUCUGGCUGUUGAAAAUAUAGAGCUUGCGAUGGCAAACCUGAUUCGUGGAAAUGAACUGGAGUUGGCAAUCAGUGUGGGUACUGUCUUAGGAGAAAGUGCAGCACAAGCAACACAUUAUGCCCUAGAAUUACUAGCAAGAAAAUGUAUGACAGUAACAACAUGCUUUCCAUCACUUGGAUACAGGGAUUUAGCAGCUGAUCUUCUUAUGAUGAUUCCUGAUAAUAAACUGCAGUUAGUAAAACUAUGUGCUUUUUAUCCUGGAUGCGUAGCAGAAAUAAAUGACCUGCAUGAAAAGUGCAAUCUUCCUGAUGUAGAAGAAUGUAUGCGAUUGGCAGAGACAAUUCAGGCAGAUGGGGAUAUAUUUGAAACUAUAAAGUACUAUCUGUUAAGCGCAGAACCUGAAAAGGCUCUCCCUAUUGGCAUUCAAUACGUGAAAGAACAACUUUGUGGCUCAGAUUGGACUUUAGAUUCAGUCUGUCCAUAUCUUGAUCUGCUAAGUUACAUACGCACUGAACGAUUAGUGUUGCAUAAAUGUAGUGAGUUUCGGAAUGAGUUGCUGAUUUUAUGUGGUUACGUUGGGGCUUUGCUUGCUAUCAGAAGACAGUACAAUAGCAUUGUACCUGCACUUUAUGAGUAUACAAGUCAGCUUUUAAAAAGACGGGAAGUAUCUGUACCUUUGAAAAUUGAACAGCUUUCUGAGGAACUAGAUGCAUGGAGAGCUUGUACUCAAUUCAACAAGCCGACUGAUGAAUUGCCAUGCACCCCACCAUCUGAAUUGCAGAGGACGGUGUAUUCGAUGCUCAUAUCACGAAUAAAAGAGGAGCCUCUGAAAGGAAUGGUUGGGCCAGACUAUGUCACUGGAUCAAAUCUUCCCAGUCAUUCAGAUGUUCACAUCUCUUGUUUGACAGGGCUAAGGAUACAGGGUCCAGUGUUCUUCCUUGAAGAUGGAAAAUCUGCUGUUUCACUGAAUGAUGCUUUGAUGUGGGCCAAAGUGAAUCCUUUUUCACCACUAGGAACAGGAAUACGACUUAACCCAUUUUGAUGAGGUGCUUUCCUCUGUACUUUGUAGUACUUAAAAUAACGCUGUGGAGGUUAAUAUGGAUUUAACCUUGAUUUGUCAAAGGGCAAUUACUUGGACUUUGAAAAUUGUAAAAUGAGAACAAGAAAAGGAUUUCUAUACAAAGAUUUGUUGAUAAUCCAAAGAAAAAGUUAUUUGAGAAUCCAAAGAAAAAAAAAAGUCUUAACUUCAUAGACAGCCAUGUCUCUUUUUUUUUUUUAAAUAAGAAUAGCGUUGUCAGACAAUAUAGACGUAUUUCACUCAACUCUGUGUAAACAGAUGCCUUGUAAAGGAAGUAAGCAACUGUCAGCACACUAUCACAAUACUGAUAACAAACUGUGAAAUCCAUAAACACACGUUCAAAUACAUAAUAAUAGAAUGACUUUAUUGACAGCCACUGCAACCUGUUUUUAGAAUAACUGGGAUCCUGUGGCUGUUUCACACAUUGUGUCCCCCUUUUUAAUUUUAACUAAUUUUUACACACAGGAUUCUAUAGCAAAAGUAAAGUUUAAAAAGUUCUUAAAUUAUUUUUUCAUCCAUUAGUUAUUGUGCUUUAAUAGCAGUACAAAGAUGUUUACUAAUGUUUUGUUUAGAUAGGUUUGAAUAUUUGAAUAUCUAGAUUAUAAAAUUCUAUUUUCCAAUAAGUUCAUCUUUGGCAACUGUCCCCCUUAUACUUUCACUGGAAGCUAAAAUAUAUUUAUAAAACCUUUUUUUUAAAUAAAGGGUUUGUAAGGAACAAACAGCAAAUGUAUUGAAAUUAUUUAAAUGUUAUGUACAUUUAAAAUACUUGUUUUCUUUUUACAUUUUGUAUUAGUUAUAAAUAUAUACAUAUUGGUAUGACAGACCAGAAGUAAAUACUUGUGCAUAUAUUUUUAUUUACUAAAGCUGUGCUCAAAUGGAAAGAAAAUUAUGGCAAUAGGAUACUAAGAAUAUUUAAGUUUUAAAGUUGUGUCUAGUAUAUAAUUUUAUCAUAAGACAAAUCGUAUGCCUAUUCUUAUUAAUAAUUAUUCUUACUAAUAAUUCUUAUAAUCAGAAUUACCUGUAGAAAAAAUGCCAUGGUUAUAAUAUUCUUUAUUAGCUUAAUUGAUGCCACACAAUCAGAAAUCUUCUUUAUCAGUUAUAUUUUUUGCUGCUGCUGUAGAAUAAAUUUAAAAAUCCUGAUAGUUACAUAAAAUGUAAAAGAGUUGCAAUUAAAAAUUGGCAGAACUAUUUCAAGAGAAACUGUUGUAGAACUGGAAAUAACACAAGAUCUCUUUUAGCAGACUGUCCAACAAAAUCCUCACUAUAGAGGUAAGCAAUGCCCUCAUUUAACUAGAAAUAACAAUGCCACUGUGCUGGAAAGGUGGGAUGGAGAUUAGAAAUAAAAAAUUUCCAUUUUUGGGGUAUUUUUCUUUAAAAAGUUAAAAGUUCAUUCUGUCAAUGUUCUAGAGUAUUAUUACAGGGUUUCUGGUGUAAGAAUAUGCUGGGGGCAAAGCUUAGCUGUUUUGUAACCUUUACAAAAACAUUUUUGUACAUACUUUGGAUGUUGGAACAGAAUGUUUUACUCUUUGCAGGUAUUGUUUGGAAAAUGUUUUCCUUUGUUUAACUGUGUGGAGCUUGGGGAAUGAGAGUUGGAUUUCACAAAUAAAAAUUCAUAGUUUUUGAAAGAAUUUUCUAGCAGUCAGUACCUGAUGGGUUUCUUCUGUCAAAUGAAAGACUAUAGCUAUGUCUUAGCACGUAAAUUGUACAACCUUAUGUGUAGAAGUUGUUAAUACAGAAUUGGAGAGCAAAGGUAGGAAUUGAACAUGCAGCCCCAUGACCAAUGAUUGACUCAACUACCACUCUACUAAAUUUAAAAUUUUUUGCUGUGUCCUAAGGAUUUUUACUGAUAUUUCACAGAUUAAAUAUCUUACAAUAUGUAGUAUAACCACAUCAAUUUGUUGUGCAUAAAUUGUGCCUUAACAUGGAAUCUUAGACAAAUCUACUGCCUCUUUAAAUUGGAGAGUGAGGAUUAAGAACUCCUUCAUUGCUGAAAUACAAAAAUUAAGCCAAAGGGCACUUUUUAUGUUGGGAAUUCACCAAGUAACAGUCAUUGUGAAUAAAAUGAGGUUGCAUUUUCUUUAAGGUGGUUGUACCCCAUGUGGUGAGUGAGGGGAACAUGGAAGAAAGGUUGUAAUUGUGUCUACUGCUACACCUGUGGUUGCAACGGUCAAACUAUAGAUUCAUCAUUUUCAAAAAUAAUUUCAGAUUGUUUGCUAAUGUGUGACUUCAUUGUCUGGCACAGCUAGUCAAAUACAGAUAUUUCCCCUUAAUAUUAA